AUGAACAAGGUAUUAUACUUAUAAAACCAUAGAACAUUUUAUAUAGUUAAAUAGAAUAUAAAUUUAGAUCUAAAACUUAUCUAUUUUGGAUAGCUAUCAGAUUAGUUGAACAACAAUAAAAGUAAGUAUAAAUUACAAAUGGAAUAGAAUGCCUAUGAAUAAUGUCGAAACUCUUACCAAACGUAUCAAUAGAUAACUUAUUUAAAUUUUAUAUUGGAUGAAAUUAAAACAUUUUUCAACCGAAUAAAAUUUUAAAAUUCAUUUGUUAGUCUUAAAAACUCUUGAUAGAAUUAUGGUCUAGUUGAUCUUUGGAGACAGUUGCCAUUAUAAAUAAAAGAUGAUUUGA